UCGGUUUAUUUGCUCUGCAGGGCAACACGCCCGUGUCUGUCGCGACUAUAAAAAAAGAGGCUUGUGACAGUGAGCUGCAGUGUCCUUGAAAAGCGAAACGUAUUGAAUUUAACUUAAGACUUCGUGGAGUGAAAAUACAGCUUAUAGAGCAGCAGUGUUUUGUGUGUGUGUGCGUGUGUGUGUGUGUAUAGGUUGGAAAUUUGCUACCGCUCCGUCCUGUCAUGUUGACCGCCUGGUGUUUUUUUUUUAAAUUAUUAUUAUUAUUAUUUUUUAAUCAAGUAGUGUUUGUGCGUGUGUACUACAGCAAGGAUGUCGACAUGGCUCAGCUCACUCAUUUGGAAAAAAACAAAAGUCAACGGUGGAAGAGCAACUUUUAUGGGUAACUGUGCCGUGCCGGGAUAGCGCGUCUGUGUCCUGGAUGUGUUUGUGGAAGUGGGGGUAGGGUGAAAGGCAAAGCUGAGGGAACAUGUAAGGAAAAAUGAAUUCUGCCUCUUUCCCUCCACUCGUAUCUUGCGUUAAAUCGGCUCUUCAUUGUCUGCGCUGCCGCGUAAGUUUGCAAAGUUUUUUUUUUUUCCUCGUUUCCCAUCUGAAAGCGGAAUAUGCCCCACCCCUCGAAAAAUCCCACCAGACCAUGAUGACUACAUUCCCAGAAUUAUGAAUCGUGGUUACAUUCAGUGUUGACAUUCUCACCUUUGUAACCGAUACGUGAGGGAAGGAUACUCUCUCUCACACACAAAUGAGCGAAAUCCAGAUUCGAUAGGAUCAAUUAAAAUCAAAUUAAUAUUGAAACUGUUUAAAAGUGCUAAAUUAUUCGGACUAGUUCAUUGAUGGCGGGGCCGAAUUUGUAUUUUUUUCGUUUUUGAAAAAACUUUUUCGCUUCCUAAAUUCCUUUCUUGAGCAGUGAAUUUUCAUUUGGUCAUGCAGAGGCUGUAGCCUAUGCACCACGAUGGCUUAGACGUGAUGGUUAAAGAUCUGCUAUCAUACAUGGCGAUAUGAGGCUGUGCUUUCACCUCCACUGGAUUUAACAGCAGCUCCUCCCGUCUUUCUUCUCCGUGUCGCUGAGAGCCCAGGCCUAUGUGUCCUCCGGCCACCAGAUGGCACCCCCCAGUCCCAACACCAACAGCAGCAGCAACAGCAGCGGCGGGGGAGGGGAACAGCUGAGUAAAACUAACCUAUACAUUCGCGGGCUCCAUCCGGGAACCACUGACCAGGACCUGGUCAAGCUGUGUCAGCCGUAUGGCAAGAUUGUGUCGACAAAGGCCAUCUUGGAUAAAACCACCAACAAAUGUAAAGGGUAUGGCUUUGUGGACUUUGACAGUCCAGCAGCAGCACAGAAAGCUGUUACAGCCCUGAAGUCCAGUGGGGUCCAGGCUCAGAUGGCCAAACAACAAGAACAGGACCCCACCAACCUCUACAUCUCCAACCUGCCAGUAUCUAUGGAUGAGCAAGAGCUAGAGAGCAUGCUCAAGUCCUUUGGCCAGGUCAUUUCCACACGCAUCCUCCGAGAUGCUAAUGGGACCAGCCGUGGAGUGGGAUUUGCCCGAAUGGAGUCCACGGAGAAGUGUGAGGCCAUAAUUCAGCAUUUCAAUGGCAAAUUCAUCAAGACUCCACCAGGAGUGCCUGUGCCCACAGAGCCCUUAUUAUGUAAGUUUGCAGAUGGAGGUCAGAAGAAGAGGCAGAACCAGGGGAAGUACCUCCAGAAUGGAAGGCCCUGGGCUAGAGACGGAGAUGCGGGAGGAAUGACGCUUGCGUAUGACCCCACAGCCUUACAAAAUGGCUUUUACUCCUCACCCUACAGUCUGACUCCGAACCGAAUGAUCACCCAGACUUCCCUCUCACCCUACAUGCAUUCUCCUGUCUCGUCCUACCAGGUACACAGCCCGUCCUGGAUGCACCAUCAGUCAUACCUCAUGCAGCCAGCUGGUACAGUUCUUACCCCAACGAUGGAUCACGCCAUGUCCAUCCAGCCCACGUCCAUGAUGGGACCUCUCACACAGCAGCUAAGCCACCUGUCCCUGGGCAGCACGGGCACAUAUAUUCCGGCCAACACAACUAUGCAGGGGACCUUCAUACCCCAGUUCACCACAGUGCCUCCCUCCAGUGUCCCAGAGGAGAAUGGCGGUCAACAGCAACAGGUAGCCAUGGAGACUCCUGCAGAACACACAAACUACUCGUACCAACACACCAAGUGAAAUUAAGCUCCCAGCAGGGUGGGGCAGAGGGCACAAGAUGAAUCCAACCAAACAGGAUUCAGCUGGAAGAGAACUGUGCUCCAUACCAUCACCAAGCACCCGGACUUGAACAUGGAUAACAAAAGGAACAUUUGUGUUUGUGUGAGUGUGUGUGUGUGUGUGUGUCUGCGUGCAUGUGUGUGUGUCUGUAUUUGUUUUUUUGUUUGUUUGUUUGUUUGUUUGUUUUUUAAUUAAAGAAAAAGGACAACACUCACAUUGUUGGACUUUACUGCUCACAUCCUCAAGAGUUGAUCAACCAAAGGUGGGAAUCUUCUUUCUUCAAGAAGCUUUGAUCUAUUUUGAUAACUGAAACAAAAAAAGGAACAACACAAGAAGUUAAAAAAAAAAAAACUAAGAAAAAAAUUUUAA